CGAGAGAGAGAGAGAGAGAGAGAGAGUGCAAAGACUGAAAGACCGCUUUUGACAGGCCGUGUGCAGAGUGGCAGUUUGACGGAUCUUUUCCAACUGCAGCAGUAGCCGCAGUUGUUAACAUUUAUCAUCCGAGCAGGCAGGCCGGCAGGCAGAAGCAGAGAACCACCGCAACGCCGAAGUGCUACUGGCAGCAACAGUAGCCACACCAUCACGACACACAAUCAACCGAAGCCAACAACGCGUUCAUCAUGGCGUGUGCAACGUUAAAGCGUUCACUUGACUGGGAAAGCUUAAACCAGCGGCCAACGAAACGGCGAAGAUGUCACCCAUUCGGUAGUCCCAGCCACAGCCAGAGCCCGUCUGCCUCUGCGUCAUCGUCCCCGUCAGCCGCCUCCGCUACGUCCGCGGCCGCGGCUGCCGCAGCUGCCUCGAUGCGCGUCAUGGAACCAAAACCGUCGCCUUUCGCCGAAGCCACCUGUUCCAAGCUGACUCCAGAGAAAAUGGCACAAAAUAUCACCGAGGAAAUCAAAAGACUGCACCGCAGGAAGCAACUCACCUUCAACAGCCACAACGUCGAGCGCAUGCAGGAUUCCGAAUCGAGCGGCUCAGAAAUGGGCCCCGACAGUCCCCGCCGACCAGACAGCCCACCUAGCAUGGUGAAAAAUCCCGAGAAAGCGUUGUUCACCUUCAAGCAGGUACAAAUGAUAUGUGAGCGUAUGCUGAAGGAACGAGAGGAUGCCUUGCGGGAACAAUAUGAUGCUGUUCUGACCACAAAACUAGCCGAACAAUAUGAUGCAUUUGUGAAGUUCACAUAUGACCAAAUACAGAGACGUUACGAAGCAGCGCCAAGUUACCUCUCCUAAUCAGGAAACUAAUAAGAAAAUUCAACAUUGCGAGAAGCAUACCAACAGCCGAAGAAGAAGAGAAUAAGAAAUUGAUACGAACACAUGAAUAAUCAUAGAAUCACACAACCUCCAUGAAUAAGAAAGGAAGGAAGAAUGUAUGAAGAUAUUUUAAGGUAACAGCAGCUCUCCAGCGCCGCCGCAUCUGCAGCUGAAAAAAAGCGAUGUGGCACCGACAACAGGAGGAAUAUUACAGCAUCGUAAGCAGCAAUACACAGCCAAAAAGCACCGAUCGCUACGGAAAAAUAACUCAACAGACAGAAAUACAUUUGCCCCACCCUACAUACACCUCAUCGUCCAGCGAAACAGCGACUAUCGAACUACAGCUAACAUCGCCCACGAAUUCACUCUUCGAUCGAGCAUCGUAUAUCUGUAUCUGCGCUAACUGCACCGGUUUCGGUCUGUUAAAGGGUUCUCGGUUUAAGACAUGCUUCGCGUUAGCUAUGUAUUUUUUCUUAUCUGAUUCUCUUGUUACACUUUACUAUUUCUUUACAUAAAUUUCUUUAAUUCUCAGUUUGAUUGUUUCUAACUACAGAAUGUACCGUAAGUGCAAGAAUUACUCCAAUAACAGGCUUCGAAAUCUUGCCUUCAACAUUAAAUCAAUUUGUAUCGCGCAGUCCUUUUCUCACUAGUUAGGGUGUUUUUUUUGUUAGAAGAAAAAUAUUAGCUUGUGACGUUUAUUUUUCAUUUGAAAUUUUGUU